CAGAGAGUACGGGUUAGAGUUAACCAUCGCUUCUCUCAGUUGAUUCGCGAUCCUUGACUCGAAACCCGCUACUCGGUUAUACCACGUGCCUGGACGUUUUACCUUUCGUUUUGGUAUUCUCACGGUUUGCCAAAAAUCGUCAAAAAUGCCUCUCUACGGCGACACGAGUCUGUACUCCUCCUCCACAUCCCAAUCGCCAUUAGUUCCGUCCUACGCCCUUUAUUUGAGCAGUCCAUACUCAGGGCACUCCUCUCUAAUCGGUUCGUACACGAGACCGCCGAGUUUCUCAAAACCAUCUUCAUUGACAAGGUUUCAUAGGAAUUUUGCGCCACAUUUGGCUACGAUUUCUGAAAAUCCAGUGACUAGUCUCAGGCGGAAAUAUUCACCGCAAUUGAGAGUGCUCAAUUCGAGUAAAAUUAUAGUACCAAGACCCAUUAAAAUUAACACAGCGGAUAUUGACGUUUCCGCAAAUAAAUAUCGACACCAACCACCGAGGACAACUCCGAUUACUACGGUUAAAAAGGAACCAGAGGAACAAAGUAACGAGGUAAAAAAGGAAUCUAUUAAUAAGCCGAUUCGGAGGGAUAGAGCAACCGUUCGCAUUCACACAAUUCAUAAGGAUAAAAAAGAUAAAAAAUGGAGACAAAAUUUUAAUUCGUAUGAGUUAAAUACAGACAAAGAAAAAAAUGCUAAAGAAUUAACAGACAAACAGGAAAUCGAUGAAAACGAAGAAGAAGAAGAUAAACUUCAAGACGAAGUAAUAAACGUUGAAGCCCCUUCAUUGCCAAAAUCGCCAAGUUUUCACGAUAUUUGUACGGCGAUUUCAACUGACUCAAUUAACGAAGAGUUAAACCCUGGUCAACCUUUGGAUGUAGUCCGGAAGCAAAGCAGAACAUUUUCGAGUGAUGAUCUUUUAAAACAUUUGCGACGAAACUCCACCGAAAUCCAUAAAGAAGACGUUAAAAAUAUCAAUACAGAGGAAAUCAACAAUAAUAAGGAAGAGUUUGAGUCGAGGGGAAGUGUUCGUAAAAAAAGAAAAGUGAUAAAAAAGAAAAGUAACCAAAAACUAAGCGAUGAAAAUAAUACAAAUUUAUUUCCAGAAAAAUUAAAUCAAGAACAUCCGUUGCAACGGCGGCAAAGUCGAAAACUUCCGGUAAGAGAUAUAUCUAAAGUUGAAGUGGAAGAGAUUCGUAUUGCAAAACCGAAACCGAAAACUUUAUUUACGGCAACGGUGGACAUCGAGGAAACGAAACCGAGCUUAAAACUGAUCGUCGACGACGUAAAAGUUGAAGAAAAGGUGAAACCUAAAAAGUUUAAAUUAGACGUAACAGUCGAAGUUGAGGAAAAACCGAAUAAAAAGGAGUUAAAAACGAAAGUCGAUGAUAAAGGUAAGAUGUACAUUCCUAAUUCAAAACCGGCUAUAAUUACCGAUAUUAAAAAGAAGGAGCAAAGAGGAAGCUUAGGAGAUAUUUGCGAAGGAAUUGCAGAAAUGCCCAAAAAAAGGAAUAUAGACACAAAGAAAAAAGAUGAAACGAAAAAUGAAAUUAAAAAGAAUAAUAAAGAAUUAAUAAAGUAUGAAAAAAUAAGUAAUGUUCCAAAGAAAUUCACAGAAAUAAAUCAACUUAAUAAGAGUAAUGAAGAAAACAAAGAAUCAAAUUUAAAUUUGAAACAACCUUUACAAACAAAAAAUAGUAAUCAAAUUAACGAGGAAGAAAAGAAAGUUUCAAACGAAACCAAAUGGUCAUCGAAAUUAAGAAAUUUAUCGACUUCCGGUUCAGAAUCAAACCUUAAAACCCCCAUUUCACAGGAGACGAACUUGAAAACAUCCAAAUCAGAUUCAAAACUAAAACAAGACGUAAAAGUUGGUAACGAUAAAUCUUUAAAAGAAAACAAAGAAGUUAAUUCAAUUCCAAAGUGGAAAUUGGAUUUGAAAAAAUCAAAAGAAGCCAAAGAUUUAAAACAACCUCAGCAGAAAGAGAUUAAGUCGAUUAUUAAAAGUUCUUCGGACGAAAACCAAGAGAAAAAAAUUGGAUUUAAAAAAAGUGUUUCUAUUGAAGAAAAGAAAAAUGAUGAUAAUGUUGAAACGGAAAAAGUUGGUGAGGAUAAUGAGUCAACAAUGGAUUUUUGGGGGAUUAUUGGUUCAAAAUCUUCGGUUUAUGAAAAAAAACCGGUUAAAUUAAAAAAUGUUUCGUUAAAAAGUAGCUUAAAGAAUGACGAAAAAGCUGGAGAAAAUCAAAAUAAUGUAGUAAAUCAAAACAAUGAUGUAAAUCAAGAUAACGAAGUAAAUCAAAAUGAUGAAGUAAACCAAAAUAAUGAAAUAAAUCAAAAUGAAGAGUUAAAAUCCGAAGAUAACGCAUCCGCAGAAGAUUCCCCAUUAAAAUUAGUGAGUAAACGUUCUUUGGUAAAUAGAGUUUUAGCAAAUCAAGAUCAACUUGAUCUUGAGGAAUUUGUUCAACCUCCAAAACCUCCCACACCUGAACCUCAACCUGAACAAUUCGUUCCUUUACAGUCCAACAGACUCUCGCAUUGGAUGCAUCCGUUUAAAAAACCGGAACAGUUUGAUGAGUGCCCCGUUGAGAUCUACGCGACGCCGAAAAAUAUUCGUAGAAGGCAUUUUCCAAAACCUAGGCAAGUACAAGAAGAAAGCGAAGAAAGCACAAGUGACGACGAUGAAAGUAGUGAGGACGAAGAAGGAGAUGUUGGUAAAAGUACGUCUUCAAACGAUUCGGGUUUCAACUCAUCUCACGGCCAAAAACGAACGAAAGAACGAAAUUUAGCUCCGUCGGAUACAAGAGAUUCGCCGACUUCGAAUCCGGCCCAUAACCCUGCGUUUGCUUUGGACGCUUUCGAUGGUGGUAGCGAAGAUUUUCAAAUGUCGAGCACUUUCGCUAGUUUUCAAAAAAGUGGUCGAAUUACACCGCCGGCUACCACUAUACCAAGGUUUAGAAAGUACACAAUAGAUGAUUUUAAUUUCCUUAAGGUUUUAGGGAAAGGAAGUUUUGGAAAAGUGUUAUUAGCUGAAUUAAAGGACACAGAAUAUUAUUACGCAAUAAAAUGUUUAAAGAAAGACGUGGUCCUGGAAGACGACGACGUCGAAUGCACAUUAAUCGAAAGGAAAGUGUUGGCGUUGGGCACUAAACAUCCAUAUUUGUGUCAUUUGCUCUGUACGUUCCAAACCGAGUCACAUCUCUUCUUCGUAAUGGAAUAUUUAAACGGAGGCGAUUUAAUGUUUCACAUUCAACAAUCGGGACGAUUUUCGGAACCCCGAGCACGAUUUUACGGCGCCGAAAUCGUUUCCGGACUAAAAUUCUUACACACUAAAGGAAUCGUUUAUCGAGAUUUAAAACUUGAUAAUGUGUUGUUAGAUUUUGAUGGGCACGUUAGAAUUGCUGAUUUUGGGAUGUGUAAGUUGCAAAUAUUUUUGGAUAGGAUGGCUGAUACAUUUUGUGGUACACCAGAUUAUAUGGCACCAGAAAUAAUAAAAGGUCAACAUUAUAAUCAAUGUGUGGAUUGGUGGUCCUUUGGCGUUUUAUUAUACGAAAUGUUAAUAGGACAAUCACCGUUUAGUGGUUGUGAUGAAGACGAACUUUUUUGGUCAAUUUGUAAUGAAAAACCGGUUUUACCACGGUUUCUUUCUACAGAAGCUAACUCCAUUUUAAGCCAACUUUUAGAAAAAGAUUGGAAUAAACGAUUAGGUUAUAAACUAAGUCUACACGGUGAUAUUCAAAGUCAUCCAUUCUUUGGACCUAUUAGUUGGGACCUGCUAGAGUUAAGGCAUUUAGAAGCACCUUUUAAACCCAAUUUGCAACAUCCACUAGAUACACAAUACUUCGAUAAGACUUUUACGGUUGAAAAGGCGAAAUUAACGCCGAUAGAAAACAACAUAUUACAAUCAAUGGAUCAAACUCAAUUUCAAGGUUUUAGUUACACGAAUCCGAACGCUACUGAUAGAUAAAUAUCUAGGUAAAAACGGUCGUAACGUUCCUAUUUAUUAACUUUAUAUAAAGAGUAUUCUGUACCUGAACUUGAAACACAUCAAAGAACUUUGCUAAAACUACUAAUUAAAAAAGCGAGACCGUUUAAAGCUUUGUUUAAAGCUUUGUCGAAAGUUUAAAAUGCUUCGUUUAAAAAAAUUUUAAUAUUAAUUUUAAUAUUUAGAGUCUAGUCAAUAUAUUUUAGUUUGUAAAAUAUAAGUUUUAAUAUAAGCAAUACCUAAUGAUUAUUUAUAUUUGUAUGGUCAUUAUUGUAAGUUGGAAUAUGAAUAAAAUAAGGAAUAUUCAAGAGAA